AUGUUUGGAACAAUACAAACAACUUUAAGAGACAUCUGCUUGCCAAUGUCCUCUUACCCCAAAACUCCAAUACAACAGCUAGACCUUCUAUCAUUGACAAACGCGCAAGCGCAACCGGAAAGUAGGGCGCCAUUGGCAGACAAAGAAGAAGCCACAGCAGACGGUAAUAAUGCAAACAAUUUAGCAUACGAAACUAAAAUGAUAUCUCUGAAUGAAACACGUAGCAUAGUAGGUAUAAACUCGAGUACAGUCACACACAUUGCAUUUCUAAAAGUACACAAAGCAGGUUCGACUACUAUUCAGAAUAUGUUAUUUAGGUUUGGAAUCAAAAAGGAUUUAAAUAUUAUUCUGUCGAAAAAAGGGAACCAGCUUUGGAGCAAGGCUGAGGAAUUGCCAAUAAGAAAGGGUCAGCAUUAUGACAUUUUUGCUCUUCAUACAAUUUACAACAAAAAGUUUUUCGACAGCUUACUUCCGGCGAAUCACGUGAAGAUUGGAAUUAUACGCGAACCGUUGAGUAGAAUGAUAAGCGCGGCAUAUUAUCAUCGUGACGUUUUCCAUGUCGCAUACUUACGAAGAGUCCCACGAGCAAAUUAUAUCCACAACUUAGUGAACUUUCCAGAAAAGUAUGACCGGCUGCUGUUUUCCAAGACACGGAAUACCAUGGCGCGAGAUUUUGGAUUUUCCGGCCAUUGGAAUCAGACUGAAAUCAAGACAUAUUUGGAAGAACUUAAUUCCCAGUUUCUCUUCGUUCUGCUAAUGGAGAAAUUUGACGAAUCAUUAGUUUACCUACGUCGUCUGCUCAAUUGGUCAGUGUCUGAUAUUCUAUACAUUAAAACUAACUUGCAUAAGCAUCCACCGGUUGUUCUCAAUGGUAAAGAGCAGGAAAAAUUCAGAAAAACAAAUGUGUAUGAUUUCUAUGUGUACAAUUAUUUUAGUAAAGUUUUUGAUAAAAAGUUAAAACAAGCGCCUAGUGAUUUUUGGCAGGAAGUGACGUAUUUUAAAAAGUUAGUUCAAGAAGUUAGCUUUUUGUGUGGCCAUUCUAAAGUAACUCAGUCUGCGGCACCAGUGUUAUCUGUUAAGGAAACGAAAUUUAACGGUCAUUUUGAAGUGACCAGUGCCGACUGCGCUAUGAUGAAAACUCCAGAACUGUCCUUUAUUGAAAAAUUACGACGAAGGCAUCGCAGAAGACAGAAUCUGGCGUCAUAA